UAGGAAAAAAGUUUCUUUGGAAGUUUUCCUUUAAUAUUAUCUAAGAAGAUUGAUGUGAGUGCUGGAUUACAGCAGGGAGCAAACAGUUAUAACCAUGGAGACGGUGAAUGGACACUCAGGUUAUGUGGACGUCAUCCAAAAAUCCGACCGACCUUUCAACCCACUUGUCAUCAUCGAGUUCACACAAGGUGCUAAACAGGCGGCCAUUGAAUGGCUUGUGGGUAAAAUCCAGAAGUCUAAGGCUUCUGGGGGUGCAGAGCUGGACGUCAAUGCUGUGGUCAUGCACCACAAGCAGGGUGUCACUGUCGAUCCCAGCGGGAAAGGGGAGACAGUUCUGUAUGUGGGGGGCAGCACUGAACGGUUGCUAUGGGCAGCAGACAUGAUGGAUAUUAAAAAGGAAUAUCGUGAUGGUUACCACCAUGAAUUCUCUGUUGAUGAUGUCACGAACUUUAGAGGAUCAAAGGACCUAGACAACUUUUUAACAAUGGCAGAGAAACAGAAAAUCAUACUCCAUGAACUAGAGAUGAUGAAAGCCACAGAAGAUGACACUGCUAUUGCAGGUUACGACAGGGCCAGACUCUUCGCUGGAAACAGUAUCGUUAAGAAAUAUGUCAGCAAUGGAAUCAUAGCCAAGAUGUACCCACUACACGACGAAGAGGAGAUAAAGCGUUUAGGAGCAGAGUGGUACCAGCUCAAACAGUUUGCCAAAGAACAGCCCAUACACCACAUUCGAGAUUACUUUGGAGAGAAAAUUGGCAUGUACUUUGCCUUCCUGGGAUUCUACACUGUAGCUCUCAUUCCACCAGCCUUCAUAGGAAUUCUUUAUUUGAUAACGUCAUGGAAAAGCAUGUACAGGGAGGCCAUCUUUGCUGUCUUCAAUCUUAUUUGGGCUACAAUAUUCCUGGAGGCAUGGAAACGCUAUUGCUCCGAGUUGUCCUUCAAAUGGGGACAGGCCCAGGAUGUAGAACUGAAUCGAUCACAAGAACCACGAGCAAUGUACCAUGGAACUAUGGAUAAAAAUCCUGUGACAGGCAAGCCUGAGCCACACUUCCCGAAAUACAAACGCUCACUGAGGUUCUACGGAGUUACUGUUCCUGUUAUAGGAUUCGGUCUCUUGGUUGCAUUCUAUAUCAUGUUGGGGUACUUUUAUUUACAGGCAUGGGCUGAUGAAGUGUAUGCCAAGGACAAGACCUGGUUUAAUAUGAUAUUACUGUACAUACCUACUGCAAUCUAUGCUAUCAUCAUCGGCAUUGUCAACAACUUCUACAGGAAAAUUGCCAAAAUACUCAACGACUUCGAGAACCAUCGACUCCAGUCAUCCUAUGACAACCAUCUGAUUGUCAAACUCAUCCUGUUUGAUUUUGUGAACUGCUUUAUGUCAUUGUUCUAUGUGGCUUUCUAUCUCCAAGACAUGACCCUCCUCCGCAGUCAUCUGGCAGCCCUCCUGGUGACCCAGCAGGUAAUUGGCCAGGUGAGAGAAGCCAUGGUUCCAUUCAUCUUUGUCCGUCGCAGGAAACAGCAAGUGGAUAAAGUGAUGCAGAAAGAAGCAGCCGUACAAAAGGUGGAAUACUUCAACCAGGAGGUGGAUCAGACCACACAGAAACAGGUCAACUUAGAAUCUACCAUGGACGAGUACGAGGGUACAAUGGAUGAUUACCUGGAAAUGUUCCUGCAGUUUGGUUACGUGUUCUUGUUCUCCUCUGCGUUUCCUCUCGCUGCUUUCUGGGCUCUACUCAACAACGUGACAGAGAUCAGAUCAGAUGCAUUUAAGAUGUGCCGGGUUUUCCAAAGGCCAUUUGCUGAAUCAGCGUCAAACAUUGGUGCUUGGCAGGUUGCUUUUGAGGUGAUUAGUAUCAUCGCUGUGAUCACUAACUGUGCCUUGAUAGGGAUGGACCCAGAGGUGAAAAAGCUGCUUCCUUCCGACAUUAGUGCAGUCAACAUGGUCCUCAUCUUUGUGGCUGUGGAACAUUUGAUCCUUGGAGUGAAGGGAGCUGUGGCCUACUGUAUCCCAGACACUCCCAAAUGGGUAGAAAUUGAGCUGGAAAAAAUGAUGUUUCAGUCCAAGCAAGCCCUGCAGGCUGAGAGGGUAGCUGCUGGAUCGAGUCAGCAAAAGAAACUGGGAGAUUUGCUCAAGUUGGAAACCAGAGAGACGUCCAUUUAAGUGUUUCAUCUUUCUUUACCUUGGUCUUUGUUAAAUGUUUGAUAGUGUUAAAGAGUUUCUUGUUGUUUUAUAGGAAAAGUACUGUAUGUACAAGUUAACAAAGCUUUACAUAAGAUUUCUUCUUUAACCUGCUGUUUAAUAGUUUAAUAUAUAUAUAUAUACACAAAAACAGUUUUAACAUUUUUUUGGUAGCAAUCCAAAUUGUUUUAUAAAAAUAACAAUGUAAACACUUAAUAUUAUCAACAUAUCUUUUACAUCAGUUGGAUACUUGUCUUUCCAUCCCUGCUGAAUUUAACUUCACCUUAAAUUGUUUAUAAAAAUAUAUAUACCUUUCUAUAUUUAUAUCAAAACACAUC